GGGUGUCUGGGUGCAGAGAAAGUGUAAGAGUGGGUGUGUGUGUGUGCAUGUGUGAGUGUGUGAAAGAGACACUAAGAAGAAUCCAGUGAUGGCUACCGGUAAAAGUAAAAACCAGAGCUCUCUGGCACUGCACAAGGUGAUUAUGGUGGGCAGUGGAGGCGUGGGGAAGUCUGCCCUCACCCUGCAGUUCAUGUAUGAUGAGUUUGUGGAGGACUACGAGCCCACCAAGGCAGACAGCUACAGGAAGAAGGUCGUUCUGGAUGGCGAGGAGGUCCAGAUUGACAUUCUGGACACAGCCGGCCAGGAGGACUACGCUGCCAUCAGGGACAACUAUUUCCGCAGUGGGGAGGGCUUCCUAUUGGUCUUCUCCAUCACAGAGCACGAGUCCUUCAGUGCCACCGUGGAGUUCAGGGAGCAGAUCUUGAGGGUGAAGGCGGAAGAGGACAAGAUCCCUCUCCUUCUGGUAGGGAACAAGUCCGACCUGGAGGAGCGUAGGCAGGUAUCUGUGGACGAGGCCCGAGGGAAGGCCGAGGAAUGGGGCGUCCAGUACGUGGAGACAUCUGCCAAAACCAGAGCCAACGUUGACAAGGUAUUCUUUGACCUGAUGCGCGAAGUACGAGGCAAGAAAAUGUCAGAAAACAAAGACAAGAACGGAAAAGGAAAGAACAAGAAGAACAAGAAGAGCUUCAAAGAAAGAUGCUGUUUACUUUAAACUCUUCAUGGACCUGAACUACCCACAACGCAACUGUUAAGUUGGGGAACAAAGCAGAGCGUCCUUGCCAUUGUCAUUCAAAAGAAAUUUGACCUUUUUUAAUAGCUGGUUUUAGUUUAGUGUUUAGAACAAUCUCAACCACUUUUUUUAGUUUUUAAUUAAUGAAAUCUGACUUGCUGUUUCAUUGGAAGAUAACCACUGUUGUGACUGUGACUCAAACUGCAGUGCUUGAUGGCUCAUAGGAAGCCAAUGACCAAACUGCCACUGACACUAACUCUGCUGCUCAAGACAUUCUCCACUGUUAAACUCAGCGAUUAUACUGCCUUUGACUUUGGUUCAGUGUGUUUUACACCAGAAUUGUUGAGUCUUUAAGUAAACAGUGCUCUUAAUUUCUUUACCUGUUCUUAAUCUUAAUCUGCAUAAUUCUCAUUCUAUAUUAGUAUAGACCCCUUGAAUCUAUGUUCAUCAAUUUACAAGGAACUCUAAUGCUGCUGUCUGUCUUAUUUUGUGAUCACUUAUGAUGACAUUUAAUGUCACGUCUGUCGAAGAUGUUGGCCUCAUUCGUUCAUCUGUCCGGACUCUGAUCUAUGACUUCAGAGCUUGUUUUGAAUGGAUGUUGAAACCGGAACUUUCAAAUGUCUUCUUCUUUUCCAGUUCAUCCAAUGGUUUGUGAUUUUCUGACCACAGAAGAAUCAGUGCAAUCAGAGGUCUUGUUGCCAAACAGGGUUAUUAUUAUCAGGCCUUGCAUGAUUACUACCAAUUAAUCCAAAGAUGCUUUGCAGUUUUUCUGGAAGACUGCUGCAAGAUAAAUAUCUUUGGUGACUGUAAAUCACAGAAAACCCCCAAAUUCAUGGUGAGGUAAUUUAUCACUUACCGAGUUUCAUGUUGAUAUUUUAACAUAUGUUAGAUAUUCUGAGGCUGUGAAGAUAAGGUUGUCGUGUAUUUACUAUUAAUUUUUUCUUGGUAUGCUCAUGUUAUCUGGCCCUUCCCACCCUUUUUCACAGUGCAGAUUUCUUCCUGUUUUACACGACUGUUGAUGUUUGGAGUCUGAACUGUGAGACAGGUGUUGACAAUCCAGGAGGCCAUCAUGCUUCUGGUCCACGAUGGCAUUAUAAUCAAUAACUCCCUACUAUCCCCUUUUUCUUUUUUCCUUGUUUUUUUAAUAACAUGCACUACAUUGCCAAUACCUAAGAAGUGAACUUCAUGUUGAAUGGAGUCACACUGGAAAUUUUUAAACAGUCUGUGCCAACAAAAUCACAAGAAAUCAAACAAUGUUUGUGGAUGUACAGUAUGUAUGUUAAUAAUGUGAGUGUAUGUACAUUUACCAGAAAAUCCUACUACCUUUCUAUGUCGGUGUGAGUGAAGCUUUGGAAAGGGUGCCAACUUCUUAACUGUUGUUUAAUCAAGCGCUACAGUGAACAAGAUGUUUCUACCACUGCCUAGACCAUUCUUUGUAACAUGUCCGCAUGUCUUUUUUUCCUUUUACUUCCUACUGCUGUGAGUAUGCCGUUAUCUCUCUGCAGCGAGAGUGUUGCCGAAUAAAUGCCUUUUUCCCUUUGUAA